AUGAAGGAAGAAGGAACAGGUCCUGACUCCCCUGAAGAUAGCCUUGUAACCAGUGAAGAAGAGGCUGAACGCCAACAGAGGAAGGCCAUGCGUAAGCGCACGGUGCUGGUUGGCAAAGGGGAAGAUGGGAGAGUGCCACUUUCACCUCCCUGCAAGCGAAACAAGAGGACUACCCAUAUAGAAACCUACGAGGAUGUACACACCCAGAGAAUCAUCGCCAAUGUAAGGGAGCGCCAGCGCACCCAGUCAUUAAAUGAUGCCUUUGCCGAACUGCGGAAGAUCAUCCCUACAUUGCCAUCUGACAAACUCAGCAAGAUACAGACCCUGAAGCUGGCUUCACGCUAUAUUGAUUUCCUGUACCAGGUCUUGCAGAGUGAUGAGCUGGACCACAAGAUUGCCAGUUGUAACUACCUUGCCCAUGAAAGGCUCAGCUAUGCCUUCUCCGUGUGGAGAAUGGAAGGUGCCUGGUCUAUGUCAACAUCCCAUUGA